CUGACGCUAGUCAUCACGCGUCCGCAUUCCUUUCUUUCUGUUCCGCUGGCGAUUGGCGACACGCCGAUAUUUUCUCCUACCUACUCUAAGAUGACGGAACCGGAGAACUUCGAAGAGGAUCUCUUCGCCGACCUUUACGACGACGACACUGCUUCUGCUCCCAAACCCAUCAAGACCGAGGCUGCAGCCCCUGUUGCGCCCGCCGCUCCCGAACCAGAACCCGCCGCUGAAGCAGCUGCUUCAGCACCAGCUGCAUAUGGAGAAAAUGAACAGACAUAUGCGGCUGUGCACCAAGAUCUUGGUGGUGGUGGUGGUGGUGAGAGAAUGUAUGAAGAUGAUGACGAUGACGACGACGUGGACUUCAACCUGGGCGGUGGAGGCCCUCCUCCCACUUCGCAUACCCCUCACACGAACGACGAGCCAACAUACUCCCGUGGAGUGGCUAAGAAUCCGAGCGCCAAGGAAGAUGGGUAAGUCUGUUUCUUGAUUUCGCAUUUGUGACGUUGUGCCCUUCUUUCCCAGUUCCGCGUAAUAUGACCAGGGGCCCCUGGUAGCCCCUUACCUUUGGAGCAAGCCAUCGAUUUGGACGGUCACUUGAAAGGCUGGAUAGAAAGUUCUGGUCCUUUGCGAUGCAACUGGGGGACUCUAUGCUAUCCGCAGUGGAACGCCAAGGGAGCAGGAACGGAC